GAAGGCACACGCAUCAGUCGAUCGAUACUCUCGGCGUUGAUUUGCCGUUUGACGCUGUACAGUUCGGUUGGAAAAGAAAAAUUGCCUUUGUUUUGUUUUGAUAACGUCAGAGAUUAAAAUUUUAUCGUCGCAAUUUGUGUACGGUUAGUUUAUAUUUUAACGUCGGUAGAUCCGAAUCAAUAUGGAGAGCGAAUCUCAAGUAAACUAUGAAGAGCUUGAUAUGGACCUUUUAAUAGACAAAAUCCAACAAUACGAGUUUUUGUACAACGUAUCCUCGGCACGUUACAAAGACCAUCAAAAAAAGGCCGAAGCCUGGCAAGAGAUUGCUCAAGAUCUAAACUCUACAUCCGCAGAGUGCCAAAGAGCCUGGAAAAACCUCAGAGACCGAUUUGUGAAAGAAAAAAAUAAAUUUCAGUCUUUUCAAGCCGGAUCCGAGGUACCUGAAGAGGAAUGUUGGAAACCAGCAUGGAGAUAUUAUGAUAAAAUGACGUUCUAUAGCAAAUUUUGCAAACAUAGAAAGUAUAACGGGACGCAGGCAGAUAAUAAAUCAUCAGAAAUAGAUACCACAAAUAUGGAUGAAACAUUAUUUUCAGAAUCAAACGUUAAAUUUGAACCGGUACACGUAGAAGACGUCAAUGCAGAAGAAAUUGCACUCCAAGCUCCCCCAAUAUCUUACAAUACUAGUCCCGUAUCACAUGAAUUGCCACCUACUAAUAACAGGAAAAGGCUUAAAAUAGACAAAAAACAAGAUGAUAGCCAUAGCAAAUCUUCAAAAGGAAAAAGUUGUAAAAAUAUGCCACAAAACAGCGACGAUAUCGUUAAUUUACUCAAUAUGGCCAAAGAAAUAUGCCAGAGUAUAAAUGAAAACCAGCAGCAGCAAAAACCAAAUGUGAACAUGAAAUUUGCGGAGUAUAUGGCCAAAUGUUUGGACGAUCUGCCACCAGGGGAGGCGAGAAAAAAGAGGAGGGCAAUCAUGAUGUUAUUGGAGCAAUGACCGAGAUACAAAAUGGAAUUAAUUGCUUGGUCCAGUUAAGAUUUAAUUUUCUGUUACUUGUGUGUGUAACAAAUUGGUUAAAGUUGACAAAUAGCAGCUGUUAAUAGAAAUAUUUAUAAUAAAGUAAACAUAUUAUUUUUGACUUA